CAGUUGUCUCCACAAAAUAUUUUAUGAUUCCUCUGUAAAAAAAAAAAAAAAGGGAAAAAUAUGUUUUUUAUUUAUUGAAUUUUGAGAGAAAAAGAUCAAGUUCAUGCUUUUAUGAUAUUUGAAUUUUGAUGCAAGGGAAGGCAAUACGUGCAGGUUGUAGAAAGGCAGUAGGGGCAGGUGUCGCUGUUGUAACUGGCCUGGCCGCUGUUUUCUCUUUGGCUUUAUUUCUUCAUCUGACUAGAAUGGCAAACUGUUAAUGGCUUUUUCUGCAUCUGAUGCUACCUGACAGACACUACCUCUCAUCAUAUCGCCCACAAUUACUUCUUCUUCCUUCUUCCUUGCUCUCCUAGCUAAACAAACUAUCAACCCACUUGUCUGUUGGGACUUGGUCAUCUGGGUUGCUUGCUCUUUAUUGAGUGUUGUUUGGAUUUCACUCCUUGUUUUUUGGAAAUAUGAGCGGAGCUGUGCUUGUGGCUGUUGCUGCCGCUGUUGGUAACUUGUUGCAAGGAUGGGAUAAUGCAACAAUUGCAGGGGCUGUUUUAUACAUAAAGAGAGAAUUUAAUUUGGAAAGUGAACCCACUAUAGAAGGACUAAUUGUGGCUAUGUCACUGAUUGGAGCAACUCUAAUUACGACAUGCUCUGGAGGAAUAUCAGACUGGCUAGGCCGUCGCCCUAUGCUGAUAAUCUCAUCACUUCUGUAUUUUCUUAGUGGUCUUGUAAUGUUGUGGUCUCCUAAUGUUUAUGUCCUGUUAUUGGGAAGGCUGCUAGACGGGUUUGGUAUCGGUUUGGCAGUUACUCUUGUUCCAGUUUAUAUUUCUGAGACUGCUCCACCCGAGAUAAGGGGUUUGCUAAAUACCCUUCCGCAAUUCACGGGUUCUGGAGGAAUGUUUCUAUCUUAUUGCAUGGUCUUUAGCAUGUCAUUAAUGACCUCACCAAGUUGGAGAUUGAUGCUUGGAGUUCUUUCCAUUCCUUCCCUUAUCUAUUUUGCAUUGACAAUUUUAUUCUUGCCCGAAUCCCCUCGGUGGCUUGUGAGUAAAGGGCGGAUGCUUGAGGCCAAGCAGGUUUUGCAGAGGUUGCGUGGCCGUGAAGAUGUCUCUGGCGAGAUGGCUUUACUGGUUGAGGGACUUGGAGUUGGCGGUGAAACAACCAUAGAGGAGUAUGUAAUUGCCCCCGCUGGGGAUCUAACUGCUGACCAGGAUAUAGCCACUGAUAAAGACCAAAUCAAGUUGUAUGGACCUGAAGAAGGCCUCACUUGGGUUGCCAGACCUGUCACUGGACGCAGUACUCUUAGUCUUGUGUCUCGGCAUGGCAGCCUGGCAAACCAGAGCAGUCUUAUGGAUCCACUUGUUACACUCUUUGGCAGUAUUCAUGAGAAGCUACCUGAUACUGGGGGCAGUAUGCGCAGCACUCUUUUUCCACAUUUUGGCAGCAUGUUUAGCGUGGGAGGGAACCAAGCUAGAAAUGAAGAAUGGGAUGAGGAGAGCCUUGCUAGAGAGGGUGAGGAUUUUCAAUCUGAUGCUGGAGGUGGUGACUCUGAUGACAAUUUGCAGUCUCCAUUGAUCUCCCGCCAGACAACAAGUAUGGAAAAAGACUUGGGUGUCGCGCCCCAGGGAAGUCUUGUAACCAUGAGACAGGGCAGUCAGAUGCAAGGGAAUACUGGAGAAGCAGUUGGCAGCAUGGGGAUUGGAGGUGGUUGGCAACUGGCAUGGAAAUGGGCUGAAAGAGAAGACCAAGAUGGGAAGAAGGAAGGUGGCUUUAAAAGAAUUUAUUUGCACCAAGAGGGUGUUCCCGGAUCUCGGCGUGGGUCUAUGGUUUCUGUAGCUGGUGAUGCUUCUGCAUAUGGUGGUGAGCUUGUUCAGGCUGCUGCUUUGGUGAGUCAACCGGCUCUUUUUUUAAGGGAGCUUAUGAGUGAGCAUCCAGUUGGACCAGCUAUGAUCCAUCCAUCUGAAACUGCAGUGAAAGGACCUAGUUGGACUGACCUUUUUGAACCAGGAGUGAAGCAUGCCUUACUUGUUGGGGUGGGAAUUCAGAUACUUCAGCAUUAUUGCAGGACUUUGUUGCUGUGGACAAUCCCUGUGUUGAUAGCAUCACUUUUGGUCUUAGUGAUUGGCAGUUCGAUCCAUUUAGGGAAUGUGUUACAUGCAGGAAUAUCAACUGUGAGCGUUGUGCUUUACUUCUGUUUCUUUGUGAUGGGGUUUGGGCCGAUUCCAAACAUACUCUGCGCUGAGAUAUUUCCUACCAGAGUUCGUGGAAUAUGCAUUGCAAUAUGUGCCCUGACAUUUUGGAUAUGUGAUAUUAUCGUCACCUAUACACUCCCUGUGAUGCUGAAAUCUGUUGGUCUUGCUGGUGUUUUUGGCAUGUACGCAGUUGUGUGCGUUAUAUCGUGGGUUUUUGUCUAUUUGAAAGUCCCGGAAACAAAGGGUAUGCCCCUCGAGGUUAUAACUGAGUUCUUUUCUGUUGGUGCAAAGCAGGCUGCAGCUGCCAAGAACAACUGAAGUGGUGAUAACAUGGAUUCAAAGUUUUGUCCAUUUAAUGUUUAUUUUUCUGGGUUUUUGUUUUGCUUGGGGGUGUUGGAAAGAGGAACUGGUUUUCUGUAGAGAGAAAUUGUAUUUGUUACUUCUUGAAUACAUUUUCAAGCUUUUCUUUUUCUUCUGA